CCCCCACCCCACCAUUUCCAUCCCAGGUAGAACCCUACCUCUUCCCCCUCUCAGGAGUUAGGAGGGGACAGGCCUUGGUUUAUUCAUCCGUUCCCUCUUUCCCUUCCUCCCUUUUUCAUUCCCCUGACAACCAAACCAGACCCAUCAAGGCGAAGGACCUGGCAGCUGUGCAGGGAGAGACUAAUGGCCCAGAAGGAAGGAGGGGCCUAGAGAGGAGAGGAAGGUGGAUGGGGAUGUGAGCAGGCGGGGCCUUGGCCCUGACCCAACUCAGAGGAUGCACAAUGGGGGGAGGGGUCCUCUGCCCUGCAAUACGGAUGAACUGGCCAGCCAGGGAGCCGCCCUCUUCAUCCCCAGACAGAGAUCCAGCCUGGAGCUCCAAACCUACUUCCCCAGACACACAGCUGUCAUCCUCAAGUCCAAUCUGAGGCAGAUCCAUCCUACAGGCGAGGUCUAGAGUCCCUGGGCACAGCAGUAGCCCCAGGGCUCCUGGCAGACCCAGCAGGCCUUGGCAACCUGACUCCUGCAGACUGUCCUUGCUGUCUGUCCACCUGGGCCUGCCUGUCCACCCUAGGACAUACAAAGGCCAGAAUCAGCCUUUUCACUAACUCUGGGGUGGGGGAAGGUAUGAAGGGAUGUGUAGCUGUAUGUUUGUGUGUUUCUGUGUAUAAGGUGAGUUCAUAUAGGUACAUGGGAUUAUGUGUAUGCACCUGUGUGCACGUUUGUGGGUCUGUUCUGGAGCCGUCUCUCUCUUCUUUCUGCUCUUGGGGAUGGGUGCCUUCUCUUUUCCCACCUCUUCCCCAACCAGCCCCACCCAUCCCUGGGUACCUGCAACUCCUCCAUACUGACACCAAUGCCUGCCGGUCUAUCCAUCUAUCAGCUUUGGCAGCAGCUGUUGGCCCUCAGCCCUCUCCCCUCCCUACCUCAGGAAUCACUCUCAUUCCCGGAAGGUCUGUGACUGAGCAGUCAGUGGGGGUUGGGGGGUGGGGGAGAAUCCAGUAAACCCAGGCAGCAUAUAGCAGCCACUCAGCUGGCUUCUAGCAUGGCACAGACACUCUCCAGUGGGAUCCAGAUGUUCCCACCUAUGACGUUCCCACCUUGUUGGGGUAGUCCAGGUUUGGAGGCUGUGUCUUUAAGGCUGAAACAUCAGCAGGCAACCUCUGCUGGGCCAAAUGUUCAGGAGAGGGGGAGGGGAGUUGGUCAGUCCAUUAGCUGCAGAGCUGGCGCCAGACACCAACCCUUCUCCCGGCCCUGGGGAUUAGGUAGAGACCAGCCCUUCCUCAGCCCCUCUACCUCUGCUCUCCUGUCCCCCAUUUCACACUAGGCAUGGUGAAGGAGUGGGUAGUUGACAGCAAGUAGAGCCCAGCAUUUAGGAGACAGGUUGAGGCACAAGCUCUGGAGCCUAAGCCAGGCCAACUCUCUUCACUUGGCCUUCUCCCCACUCAUGUGCCAGAAGCCUGCACUUUAACCUCAGAUCCUCCUGUUCCCCAAUUUUUACCAGCUCUUUCAGACAAGUCAGGCCUCAGAUCGAGUCAGGCUCCGCCACCCUAGGCUCUAGCUUACAAUGCUUGCUGGAAGGUGCUGACCCUGGCCUGCAUGUGGUUGUCAUCCCUGCUUCCUUCCCUGCCAGCAACAGGGGGAACCAAGUAGGCAGAGCAGCGGCAAGCAGGGAGGGGAGGGUGCUGUUCCGCAGGGGUGGGGCAUCCCCCUCCCCACACAGCCCCACUCUCCCGGGCUGUCAGGCCAGUGGGAGGAGCUGCCCAUGCCCCCCCUGAGACCGCAAGUCUAUAAAGCCGCCUGGCAGCGGUCUGCGGCUCCUUCCCAGCCCCUGGCCUAGCUACGAACGGUGACUGCCCAUCUUCGGCCACCAUGAGCCACCACCCGUCGGGCCUCCGGGCCGGCGUCAGCUCCACCUCAUACCGCCGCACCUUCGGGCCACCGCCCUCGCUAUCCCCCGGGGCCUUCUCCUACUCGUCCAGCUCUCGCUUCUCCAGCAGCCGCCUGCUGGGGUCAGCGUCCCCGAGCUACUCUGUGCGCCUGGGCAGCUUCCGAAGCCCCCGAGCUGGCGCGGGAGCCCUUCUGCGCCUGCCUUCGGAGCGCCUCGACUUCUCCAUGGCUGAGGCCCUCAACCAGGAGUUCUUGGCCACACGCAGCAACGAGAAGCAGGAGUUGCAGGAGCUUAACGAUCGUUUCGCCAGCUUCAUUGAGAAGGUGCGCUUCCUGGAGCAGCAGAACGCGGCCCUGCGUGGGGAGCUUAGUCAGGCCCGGGGCCAGGAGCCGGCGCGCGCCGACCAGCUGUGCCAGCAGGAGCUGCGUGAGCUGCGGCGAGAGCUAGAGCUUCUGGGACGCGAGCGCGACCGGGUGCAGGUGGAGCGCGACGGGCUGGCGGAGGACCUGGCAGCUCUCAAGCAGAGGUUGGAGGAGGAGACGCGCAAGCGGGAGGAUGCGGAGCACAACCUCGUGCUCUUCCGCAAGGACGUGGACGAUGCCACCCUGUCCCGCCUGGAACUAGAGCGCAAGAUUGAGUCUUUGAUGGAUGAGAUUGAGUUUCUCAAGAAGCUGCACGAGGAGGAGCUUCGAGACCUGCAGAUGAGCGUGGAGAGCCAGCAGGUGCAGCAGGUGGAGGUGGAAGCAACUGUGAAGCCGGAGCUGACGGCGGCCCUGAGGGACAUCCGAGCACAGUACGAAAGUAUUGCAGCGAAGAACCUGCAGGAGGCGGAGGAGUGGUAUAAGUCCAAGUACGCGGACCUGUCCGAUGCCGCCAACCGGAACCACGAGGCCCUGCGCCAGGCCAAGCUGGAGAUGAACGAGUCCCGACGCCAGAUCCAGAGUCUGACGUGUGAGGUGGAUGGGCUCCGCGGCACGAACGAGGCACUGCUCAGACAGCUGCGGGAGCUGGAGGAGCAGUUCGCCCUGGAGGCAGGUGGGUACCAGGCGGGAGCCGCGCGGCUCGAGGAGGAGCUGCGGCAGCUAAAGGAGGAGAUGGCGCGGCACUUGCGUGAAUACCAGGAGCUCCUUAACGUCAAAAUGGCCCUAGAUAUCGAGAUCGCCACCUACCGCAAGCUGCUGGAGGGCGAGGAGAGCCGGAUCUCUGUGCCUGUCCAUUCCUUUGCCUCCUUGAAUAUAAAGACCACUGUGCCUGAGGUGGAGCCUUCCCAAGACAGCCACAGCCGGAAGAUGGUUCUGAUCAAGACAGUCGAGACCCGGGAUGGGGAGCAGGUAGUGACGGAGACCCAGAAGGAGCAGCGCAGUGAGCUGGACAAGUCGUCUACUCACAGCUACUGAACCCAUUGGUCUGGAGAUCCCUGCCCCUGCCCUGGGCCUGCUCUAAGCCCAAAUCCUAGCACCAGUCCUGAAUUAGUCUCCCCUCCUUCUGCAUGUGUUAAGAUGGGUUCCAGUGCCCCCCCCUUUCCUGGCCCACAGCCAAGCCCUACCCAACUAGCAGUUGCUGGGCAUGUCCCUGCCCUGACACAGAUGUGACUUGUGCCCUCCUCCUUUUCCUAGUGUGGUAAAAAUCCAGUGACACUCUCCACACACACAGGUCUCUUCAGCCAUGAUCCUCUGGCCAAUGGGUGGGCCAGGGUCAGAGUUUCACUUUUGAAUCAAGUAAAGCUGCUGUUGAGAGAAA